AUGUCAACCAAGAUUAUAAUUAGGAGAAAGGAAGAUAAGUUUCAAUGGACUCAGACUGAUGAGGCUAUCACUCUUUACUUUCCAGUGAGGAAUGUCCUCCUCAAGAAUGUAGAUGUUCUCUACACCCCUGAGUUCAUUAAGAUCAAUGUAACGAGUAUCAGAUACAUCGCCAUUGUUGAUUUCGCAAAUCUAAUUGACAAUGAAAAUAUAAAGAAUAAGGUUUUUCUUCAGGAUGAAGGACUGGAAGUGUAUUUGAUGAAGGCUGAGAGUGCAAAGCAUCACUGGGAUGACAUCUCUCUAAAAGGCUUAACUAGGGAGUAGCUUAUUAAGAGAAGGGAAGAGUCAUUGAAUAGACAUUACAAGAGAGAGGAGGAAAAGUUUAAGGAAGCAGCUGAUCUAAAAAUCAAGAUGGACAAGCAUGUUGUAGAUUAGCAGAUGAAACUAGAAGAUUAUCAAAGAAAGUAGUUGAAGCAGAUUAAAGAAGAGUAGAAAUAACUUGCAGAAAAUGAGUUGUACCAUGAAUUAGAUUCACUAGAGCAGAAGAAUAAGUAGCUGCUAUAGUAGAAAUAAUAGAUCUAGUAGUAAAAUUAGUUUGGUCAAGAGCACUAGAAUAAAGAGAACCAAAAUAAAACUAUCAAUAAGAUUACUGCUCCUAUUGUAGAUAGUACGAGCAGUACAAAGAACUACAGCUUUAAGCAAUCUAGCAAAGAUAAAGAUAUAUUUGGAGAUGAUGAUGAAAUAGAAACAGUACCUUCAAACUACAAUUUCUAGAAUAAUCUUAGAAGUCAGUAAUAGCCCCCAGUUUAAAAUGAGAAAGACCUGCAUAGUUAUGUUGAAGAGAUUACUGAGGAGGAAGCUUAAAUCAUUGAGCAAUAAAUUAAUCAGGUUGAGCCUGAACCAGUAGUGCCAGAGGUAAGAAAUAAACAAGAUGUCAAAGUUCCAUUCACUGAAAAGAAAUUCCCUCAUCUUCCAGCUAGAGAGUCAUAACUGAAGGAGCCACCUUAUCCAAAAUCAAAGCAAAUUGUAAAAAAGAAGGAUGAUGUAUACAUUGAUAUUGAGGAUAAAGACCCAGUGUGGCUUAAGGAUAAAGGAGAUCACUUUUUUAAGAGAAAUGAUUAUUACUCAGCUGCAAAUGCCUACACUAAAGCACUUGAAUUUGACAAGGAAUUUUUAAUGGGCAGACUCAAUAGAGCAACUGCAUUUAUUAAGAUGAGAGCAUUUUAAAAUUGUGUUGAUGAUUGUGGUGAUAUCGAAACUUAAAUUUUGGCAUUGAAGGAAUCUGAAUUAGAAGAUGAAUUUUACCAAAAACUUUUAGCUAGAAUGUAUGUAAAGAGAGGAGCAGCCUGCUCAUGGCUCUCGAUGUUUGAUAAAGCUGUUGAAGAUUUAACAAAAGCCAUUACAUAUAAAGGGAUAUUCACCGAUUUAGAAAUAUACGAAAUUUAAUAGGAUAUUGAAAAAAUAAAAAUAAGACAGAGAUCAUAGACGAUAAAGUAAGAAGGAGACGAAAAAUUUGUUUCUAAUGACCUUGAUGGCGCUUUACAAUCUUAUCACGAGGCAUUAAAACUUGAUGAUAAGAAUGAGUAUGCACACGCUAACAUUGGUCUAAUUCAUUUGAAGAGAUCAGAUUAUUAAUAAUGCAUUGAACAUUCUACUAAAGCUCUUGAUAUCUUAGAGCAUUUUAUGAAUGAGACUAAAUCGUUCUAAAGAGAUAAUAGGCUUGAAGUGAAAGUUCUACUCAGAAGAGGGAAAUCAUAUGAAAUGCUUGAAUAAAUUGAACAAGCAAAAGAUGAUCUUGAUAAGGCUGUCAGCUUAGAGCCACAAAAUGGUGAGGCAAAGACACUUCUUAAAAAAGUUCAAGAAAAAUUGGACACUAUGUUGUUCGAACAGUACAAUAAAUAAGCCAACGAUUAUCAAAAGCAAGCUAAUUUUGCAGGAGCUUUGGAGUUCUACGAAAAAUGUCUUAAGUUGACUAGAAAAGUUACUAGCCUUGAAAACAUUGCUGUAUAUGUAAACAAGAUUGCUUGUUUACUUUCAUUGGAGAAGCAUGAUAGAGUUGUGACUGAAUGCAAUGAUGCUCUUAGACUUAUUAAAAAUUUCAAAAAUAGGAACGAGUAAAAUCAACCAGCAGAAGAAAAGAAAAGAUUGCAUCAGAUGGAGAUUAGAGUAUCAGUAAGAAGAGGAAAUGCUUUAGCAAAGUUAAAUAGAAUCACCGAUGCUAUCUAAGAAUACGAGAAAGCACUAAAGCUAGAUCCUUAAAAUGAAACUAUUAUCAGAGACUUAGAUGUACUUAGAAAGGGUAUAUGA